GCUAGGUACUUCGUCCUGGCGUUUUCUUCCACUCUCCCCUUUACAAGUGUGUGUUCCCCAGCGCGGGGCCCGGGCUAGGUGCUUAGCAAUGAUCCUUUUCUGCCGCACCUCUCUGUAGUGCCCAAAGGGCAACCACGAGGGGGCGAGCUGGCCCGGCGGAGCGCCGGCUGGACCCGCCUGCCUAGCCUCUCGCACCGCGCAGGGCGGGGCUCCUACGUCACGAGCGGCUCCUGCGCCUGCCCGAGCUCUACUGGAGCGAGGGGUGGGGCCUGGUCUCCGAGUGCGGGCGGAAAUGGCCGAGAGCCCUCGCGGCGGUUUGCGUAAGCGCUCCGUCGGCCGCGCAGAGAGGCGGAAGUAACCGAGAAGCGCCGGAAGUGCCGGGCGGGAGCCCGUGCGCGUUCGCUGGAGGCCUGCGGCGCCAGUUGCCAUGGAGCCGGCCGGGCCGUGUGCCUUCUGCCCGGCCGGGGAGGCCCAGCCGGCGCGCUACACUUGCCCGCGCUGUAACGUGCCCUACUGCUCGCUGCGCUGCUACCGGGCGCACGGCGCCUGCGCCGAAGACUUCUACCGAGACCAGGUGCUGGGCGAGCUCCGCGGCCGCAGCGCCUCGCCCAGCCGCCUGGCCAGCGCCCUCCGCCGGCUGCGUCAGCAACGCGAGACCGAGGACGCGCCCGAGGACGCAGGCCUCAGGCCUGGCCCGGCGCCCGGCGGCCUCUCAGGACUCUGGGAACGGCUGACCCCGGCCGAGAAGGCGGCCUUCGAGCGGCUGCUGAGCCGGGGCGAGGCCGGGCGGCUGCUGCCCCCGUGGCGGCCGUGGUGGUGGGCGCGCGGGGCAACGCCGCGGCUUCUGGAGGAGCUGGACGAUGCCCCCGGCGGCGAGGCCCCGGGGUCGGAGCCCGACCCCGCCCGGACGCCGCCGGAACCCGGGAAGGAUGCCGCCGCCGCUGAGCCCGCAGCCGCCGAGCCGGUUCUCGGAGACGCCCCGGGGGCCGGCGCGCCCGCCGUGCCCACCCAGAUCCCCGCGCUGGCCAGCCUGAGCCGCGGCCGGGCCUCGCCGCUCGUGCGCUUCCAGCUGCCCAACGUGCUGUUCGCCUAUGCGCACACUCUCGCCCUGUAUCACGGCGGCGACGAGGCGCUGCUCUCCGACUUCUGUGCCACGCUGCUCGGCGUCUCCGGGGCCCUGGGCGCCCAGCAAGUCUUCGCCUCUGCCGAGGAAGCGCUGCAGGCCGCAGCGCACGUGCUGGAAGCAGGCGAGCAUCCGCCUGGGCCCCUGGGCACACGGGGUGCCAUGCGCGAGGUUGCCCGCCUCCUGCUGGGCGAGGGCCCGGCCAACCAGAAAGGCUACACGCUGGCAGCAUUAGGGCAUCUCGCGCAGACCCUCGGCCGGGCCCGGAAACAAACCGUGGCUACGGAAGAGCGAGAUCGCCUCUACCGGGCCCGGAAGAAGUGCCAGUUCCUGCUGGCUUGGACCAACGAAAAUGAGGUGGCCCUGACGCCCCUGGCUCUAGACUGCGCCAGGGCCCAUCGAGCCCAUGCCGUGGCCGCCGAGGAGGUGGCUGCCCUCACUGGGGAGCUGGAGCAGCUUUGGGGAGGCCCCCUGCCACCUGCCCCGAGGACUCUCAUUGAGGAGCUCCCUGGCUGAACAGGGGACCCUUUGUCAUUAAUAAAGCUGUGACUGGUCUGCCCUGUCGGCAGUGCC